AUGUCGGCGCAUAGGCUCCCCACUUCAGCCUCCAGUCCAGCGCUGCGCAUCGCACCCUCGAAGCCAGCGCUGUUUCCACGCUUCAACGAGUCCCUUUUGCUUUUUUUUCCCUCCUCUUUUCUUCUCUCUUCUCACGGCGAAUAG